AUGCAGGAUUACGUGCACUCGGAAUGGACUAAUGGCUUGGACGCGUCACCCUUCAUCUUCCCUAUGGGUCUUUUAUUUCCGCCUCUUUUGUUUGUGAAAUCACUGUUCAGGUUUGAGGAGCAAACUGGAAGCUCCUCUAUGGACCAACAAACAACAUCGGAUUCAAAGGAGCCCUUGGACCCAGCAGAGGUCAUUGUUAAGGAAGCAUCCCCCUUGAAGAAGCUCGAGCAAGUAUAUUCAUCACCCAGAGCCAAAUACAAUCUUAAUCUACUGUCGUACAUGGCUUUGACAAUUUAUGCUACAUAUACCGCCAUUUACCAUAUCGGUCCCGCGCCUUUCAGCAUUUAUGAAGUCAUUUUAUACGUUCUCUUGGUUGCUCUGAGUUUCGACGAUUUAAUGCUAGUGUUCCGCCUGUGGUGCAGGUACGGCCGCUACCUGGCGCGUUUCUUUUUCUCGCUUCCUCUCGUGUGGAUUGAGGUUCUCAGCUCCCUGCUGAUCAUUAUUUGCAUCUGCCUGCGCAUUGCGCUUGGCCCCGACUCACUAACAGUUAAUGGAUUCAUCGCGGCGCUCGGUAAGUCGACUAUUGCCAUGCUUCCUUUAAGACCCAAACAUGUACCAUAA